UUUUGAUAAACUAGAGAAACAUAAAAUAGAAACAAAGAAGAGUUUUUGUCAGAAAGAUAAACCCAAUACACUUACCAAAAUCUCCUCUCUCUCUUUUUUCCUUUCUUCACUAACUGAAACCCUAAAUCGAUCUAAUGAAUCCAUCACUAAAUCGAAUCCGUUGUUAGGUUGUAAAUCUCAAAAAACCGGAUGGCGAAAGGCACAUCCCCAGGCGAGACCAUGAUCCGCACAGGCUGCAAAAGGGAACUCCAAUUCAUGCUUAAAUCUCAGUCCGAGAUCUGCGGCGGCCUCUCUCUUGGCCGCACCCGUGGAAGCAAAACCUCCACGACAAGCACCGACGCCAAGAGGCUCACCACUCGCCUUCUUCUUCGCUCUGGGAUUAAGAAGAUGCGCGAGGAUGCUGCAAUGUCCGAUUCUCCUGUUGAAGAAGAAGAAGAAGAAAAGAGCGACGUUGUUGACGGUGUUGAUGCAGUUAGAGAGGCUGUAAAGGAAUGUUCGAUUGUGGUUGAGAGAGAGAUCGUUCUGGCGUGUCCUGCUAGUUUUAGUGAGCUGGCGAAACUUACUUCAAGAUCUUGCCUUGUUAAGUUGAAGAGUGGUCUUGGUUAUGAGAUGCCUGCUAGGAGGUUGACCCGAUCCAUGUUCAAGCCUGAGGCUGAUGAAGAUCAUAUGAAUCUGGGAAGGGAAGCUAAAGGUAGUUGUGUUGCUGAAGGUAGCGAAUUUGAGGCUACUUUAGUGGCAUGUGGGAGGGAGGAGGAAGAGCCUCAUGAGCAAAAUAGUGUGGUUUCGAUUGGAUUAUCGCUGACGAGUGGUCUUAGACGAUGUGGUGUUAAGAAGGCAGUGAAUGAUACAGUAGAUAAGCCUUUGAGGAGGUUAACUAGGUCAUUAGUCAAACAAGACAGUCCUGAUUUGGAAAGUAACACCGGAUCUUCAGACUUGGGCAAGGUAGAUGUGAAUGCCAAUGAUGUCGGCAUGGAUGGUUUUCAAAAUCCGUUGGUUACAACUCCAAACAAACGUGGAAGGCCCAGAAAAUUUAUAAGGAGUUUCCCAGCAAAGCUGAAAGAGCUUUUCGAUUCUGGAAUGCUUGAGGGGCUAACUGUGUACUAUCUUCGAUGUGCAAAGAUGAGAGAGGCAGGGGCUAGAGGGCUUAAAGGAGUAAUUAAAGGAUCUGGCGUUUUGUGCUUUUGUGGUGCCUGCAAAGGAGCUCAAGUGGUUAGCCCGGCAGUGUACGAGCAUCAUGCUUCUAGCACAAAUAAGCGGUCACCUGAAUAUAUCUUACUGGAGUCUGGAUUCACACUUCGUGAUGUCAUGAACGCUUGCAAGGAAACUCCCUUUGAUACGCUAGAAGAAAAACUUCGUGCGGUAGUUGGACCAGAUUUAAAGAAAUCUAGCCUGUGUUUCAGUUGCCAAGGUCCAUUGGUUGAGCCUUGUGAAACAAAGUCAUUAUUUUUUUGCAAAGCGUGUUUGGAGAGAAAGGAACCCGACCUCUCUAUCAGUCCUUCUAAAGCAACUGGCGUUCGUAGGGGAUCGUCUAAGCCAACUUUGGUUCCGAAAACUAUCAUUGAUAGGUCAACACCCAGUCCUCGCCAAAGUAACAGGCGUGAAAACCCAACCCAAAAGUCACCUGAGCCUUCAGGGACUAUUCCGAAUGAGUCUAAAUCCAGCUCCAUCAAAAGCAGCAGCCAAAGGAAACUAACCAGAAAGGAUUUGCGGCUGCACAAACUUGUUUUCGAGGAUGAUAUACUGCCAGAUGGGACCGAAGUGGGUUAUUUUGUUGCUGGAAAGGUUAGAUCUGCAUGGCAAAUGGCCUUUCUCCAGCUCGUUACUGUAACUUUAUCUACUCCAACCAUUUCGUUCAUUAUGCAGAAAAUGCUUGUCGGCUACAAGAAGGGAUUUGGGAUACAUUGUUCUUGUUGCAACAAAGUGGUCAGUCCUUCAGCGUUUGAGGCCCAUGCUGGCUGUGCAAGUCGUCGGAAGCCGUUUCAGCACAUUUAUACAACCAAUGGCGUAUCUCUUCAUGAACUAUCAGUAGCGCUAUCAAUGGACCAGAAGUUUUCCAUCCGUGAAAAUGAUGACAUUUGCCGUAUCUGCCAGGACGGGGGUGAACUCUUGUGUUGUGAUACCUGUCCAAGAUCAUAUCAUAUAGUAUGUGCUGGUUUAUCAAGCCUUCCGAGUGAGAGGUGGUCCUGCAAAUAUUGUGUGAAUAUGAUUGAGAGGGAGAAGUUCGUGGACAGCAAUCUUAACGCCGUUGCAGCUGGUAGAGUUCGUGGAGUUGAUGCAAUUGCUCAGAUAGCCACAAGAUGCAUUCGAAUUGUCAGCUCUCUUGUGAGUGAGCUCCCAAGUGUAUGCGUGUUAUGCAGAGGCCAUAGUUUUUGCAGGUUGGGCUUCAAUUCUCGCACUGUGAUACUCUGUGAUCAGUGUGAAAAGGAGUUCCAUGUUGGCUGUUUGAAAGACCAUAACAUUGCUGAUCUCAAGGAGCUACCUAAAGAUAAAUGGUUUUGUUCCCUUGGGUGCAAAAAGAUCAACACUUCAUUAGGCGAUCUGAUAGUUCAAGGAGAAGAGAAGCUUAGUAACAAUUUCCUGAAUUUUAUACGGAAGAAGCAAAACACUAAUGAAGAAAGCUGUCCAGAUGACAAUACCACUCCAAACAUAAGAUGUAGGAUCAUUAGUGGAAAGUUGGCCUCUUCGGAUGAUACAAAAGAGUUUCUUAAGAAGGCACUUUUGAUUCUUCAUGAGCGGUUUGAUCCCAUCUGUGAAUCUGGGACCAGGGGAGAUCUCAUUCCAGCCAUGGUGUAUGGAAAGAAAGCAAAAGGCCAUGAUUUCAGUGGCAUGUACUGCACCAUGUUGACUGUGGAUGAAGUGAUUGUUUCCGUGGGAAUCUUUAGGGUUUUAGGGUCUGAACUUGCGGAACUCCCUCUGGUUGCUACCACUAGAGAUUAUCAAGGGCAGGGUUACUUUCAGUGCCUGUUUGAUUGCAUCGAGAGGCUGCUUGGAUCCCUAAACGUGAAACAACUGGUGCUGCCAGCAGCAGAUGAAGCCAAAUCCAUAUGGACUAACAAAUUUGGUUUCACCAAGAUGACGGAAGAGGAGGUGAAAGAAUGCAGAAAAGACUACUCGGUGAUGGUCUUUCAUGGAACAUCAAUGUUGAGAAAGAUGGUACCUGGAACGAGUGUUGCUGACGGGAGUAAACCUGAGAAGGACAGUAUGGAGGAGUAAAGCUCAAGGUUAUCUCUUUUUUGGUUUGUUGGAAGUGGGUGAAUCGAUAUAGGUUUGAUGCAUGCUUGUAUUUUUUGGGUAGUAGCCACAUCCGUGUACAGGUUUUUUCCCACCUAAAUGUGUUGUCUUUUGUCUGGUAACUGAAAAAGAUGCACAAAGGGUUGGUCAUGGCUAGAAUAGUUAGAGAGACAAGAAGUGUGGGAAGUAAAUGAGUCUUGAAGCUAUUUUACUAACUCGUCUUGUUACGGUUGUAUGAGAAGCCGACUUUUUUUGUAAUGCCAACAAGAAAAUGAAAAACAAUAUUCCUUAUC